AUUAUUAAUAAUAAAAAACGAAGACAUCAGAAUAAUGGUAUUAUUAAGAAUAAUAAUAAUAACGUUAUUGUAAAUGGAAAAACAUCAAUAAUAACAUCAUCAAAUAUGGUCGAUAUUGAUGAUAAUAAUAAUAAUAAUAAUGAUCAUUGUAAUCAAUGUGAAUAUCAUUAUAUAAAUGGUCAUAUUGAAUGUAAAAAUAAAUGUCGUACAUGUCAACGAAAAGAAUUACAAGCGGCUGCUGCUGCUGCGGCCGCUGCUUCUGUUAAUAGACGACGAACAAUUAUGAAUGGUAAUGAUAAUCGAAUGUUAAACACGCCGACGACAACGAUGGCAACAAAAUUAUCGAAUGUUGUCAAUCAACAAUCCGCAUCAACAGCAUCAGUGGCAGCGACAUCAGCAGCACCAAUAAUACAACAACGAUCACAGAAUGAAGAAUUAUUUCAUUUACAAACAUUAAUCGAUCAAUCAAUAAUACAGAAUCCAAUUAUUGAACCAAGUACAUGUGUUAAUGUUAAAAAAUAUGAAGCUGUUGAAAUUAUAUUCGAUAAAAAUAUGAUUGGUGUUAUGCCUGUUGUUGCUGUUUCAAACAAUACGAAUGAUAAUGAUAAAAAGAAUGAUUCGAUGAUGGCGGUAGAGAGAGAAAAUGAUGAACAACAACAACAACAACAACAACAGGAAAUAAUGAUGAUGAUGCCAGAAAAAUCGGAAACAACAACAACAACAACUAUGGUAACAAGUGAAACAACCGAAAAUGAUGAUGAUGAUGAUGAUAUUGAUCACAAUCAUCAUCAUCAUAAUAAUCACCAUCAUCAACAACAUCAACAUAAUAAUAAUAAUCGUCAUUCGGAAAGAAUUGAAUUGGAUGAUUUUGAAAUACCAUUUUCGAAUGUAUUUCGUGGACAAAAAGGACGAAUAUUUACAUUUAUAACAAAUUCUGAACAGCAACCACAGCAGCAACAACAACAACAACAGCCAGAAGAAUCUUUGUCUUCUGAUAAUCAUAAAGAUCAACAACAACAAACAUCACCACGAAUACAGAUGGUGUAUAAACCACAAGCUCGACCGGAUGAAUUAGGUUUCGAUGGAUUAGAUGGUAAUAAUAGCUAUCUAUAUCGUUAUAUUGGUUUUGUUAAUCAAAAUCAUAAUGAUUUUGUUCGACCAAGUAAAGAAUUACUUUUGUUUCUACUUGGUCGUAAUCAAAAAUUGGAUAUUGAUGAUAUUGAUCUUAGCGAUUAUUAUCGUAAUCCUGAUACUAAUGUUGAUGACAACAAUAAUAAUAAUGAUAAUAAUAAGAAUGAUGGUGAAAAAAAGAUGAAUGCAAAUGAAUUAUCAUCAUCAUCAUCAUCUUCUUCUAGAUGUUAUACGAAAAAAAUUUUCUAUGAAACACUUGAAAAAUUAUGUGAAAAUGAUCGUGCUAUUAUAAAUGAUUUAUAUCAUUCAUUUCGUAAUCCAAAAUCAUUUGAUGAUGAUCAUGAUCGUUCUAUUGGUGGUAUUAUUGGUGGUGGUGGUGAACAUUAUAAACAACAACGACAUUCACCAUUUUAUGGUAAUCCAAUUAUACGUAUCAUAAUGAAAACGAAUGAAGAACAACAACAGAAACAACACGAUGAUGAUGAUGAACUUAAGACAAAUGAUGAUAUAUUGAAAAAAAAGGAAGAAGAAAUGAUUGAAAAAAAUCUACGACAAAUAUUGGGAACAAAUUUUCAAAAUUUUCAACCAUAUUAUUUGACUGAUGUUAAUUUUGAAAAUAUUGUUUCAAUUACAACAACAACAACAACAAAAGAUAAUACUACAAUAACUACUACUAUAGCUGGUGAUCAUAAUAAUGAUAAUAUUGAUAAAACAAAACAACGAAAAUCUUUAUCUACAUCAUCAUCUAUGGGCGUUAAUUAG